AAAGAUUACUCUGCAUGUUUCGUGUGUGCGUCUUUAGCUUUAAAUGAAUAAUGGUCAAACCAAGCGAGGGAGAGAGAGAGAUCAAAGCACGGAAGCAUCGGCAGAGUUCUCGUUUACUCUACUUCUUCUGUGGAGAUAAUGUCAAAAUCAGAUAAUAGGAAGAAAACUGGUGAGAAUGCAGGAACUUUGAAGUUUUUGAAUGACCUUGAAACCAUAAGUAAAGCCCUACAUUCAGAUAAAGCACAGCCGAGGGCCACAAUUUCUACUGUUAGUAGUAGAUCGAAAUCUGUGGGAAAAUCACAUUUGCCCGAACCAAAAACAAAGCUGAAAGAUGCUAGCAAAAACUCUAAAGAUUCAUUUGAUAAGGACAAGAAAUCCAUCUGGAGUUGGAAGGGUAUAAAGGCCUUGACCCAUGUCAGAAACCGCAAGUUUAAUUGUCGUUUUUCCGUCCAAGUCCAUUCCAUAGAAGGGUUGCCGUCAUUUUUUGAUGAAGUUAGUCUUAUUGUGCAUUGGAAAAGGCGGGAUGGUGGGUUAGUGACACGCCCAGUUAGGGUUCGUGGAGGAACAGCUGAGUUCGAGGAACAAUUGUCUCAUUCAUGCUCUGUUUAUGGUAGUAGGAGUGGUCCACAGCAUUCGGCAAAGUAUGAGGCAAAGCAUUUCUUAUUAUAUGCCUCAGUAUAUAAUGCUCCUGAGCUUGACUUAGGUAAGCAUCGGGUUGAUUUAACAAGGUUGCUUCCUCUAACGUUAGAGGAACUGGAGGAGGAGAAGAGCUCAGGGAAAUGGACAACUAGUUUCCGUUUGUCAGGUAAAGCUAGAGGUGGGACUAUGAAUGUUAGUUUUGGUUAUGCGGUAAUUGGGAACAACACCACUGAGUCUACUAGCAACAACUAUGUUUCCGCCCCUAGGGUCUUGCUUCGGAAUAGGUCAAGCGCAACGAAACUCCUCGGACAAUUUGAUCUGUUGAAUGAACUAAGUAAUCAGCAAAGAGGAUGCCAUCCUGCAAGGUCUUCUACCUCAAAUCUGUCUGCUGAAGAUAUAAAGGAUCUUCAUGAGGUGUUGCCCAUAUCAAGGUCAGAACUGUCUGAUUCGGUGAAUAUACUAUAUCAGAAACUUGAUGAAGAGAUGUCAAAGGCUUCAGUUAAUAAUAAACCAGAGACUCUUCCUUUUUCUGAACCUGCUGAACCUCCUAAAUUAGAUUUAUCUAAACCAACUAAUGCGGAAAAACGUAGUCCUGAAACUGAAUGCGAAAUUGGUGAAUAUUCUGUCAUAGAGCAAGGGAUAGAAGGGUUGAAAAAUGAAAAAGAAGAAUUGGAAGAUGUUAGGUUGAAGGCUGUUCAAGAUUCUGUAGGAAAAAGUCUAGAAACCAACAGUGACAAAGAACUACCCGUUGAUUCAUCGGUUGAGGAAAUUAAAUGUCAAAAAGAUGAACCAUCGGUAAGUGAUUGCAAUUUUAAAGAGAGAGAGCGCACUAAAGAAUCACUAAUGAAAGAACUGGAGUUGGCAUUGACUUGCACCUCAGAUUUGAUGAAAGAAGGAUUAGAAUCACAAGAAGAUGAAUGUGAUAUUUCUGACAAAGAAUCUUAUUCAGAGACCAAGUCAAGAUACAGGAAUCUUAGUAAGGGGAGAUCCCUGAGCUUGGAUGAUAUUACUGAAUCUGUUGCUAAUGAAUUCUUGGACAUGCUGGGGAUAGAUCACAGUCCAUUUGGCUUGAGUUCAGAAAGUGAGACUGAGUCCCCUAGAGAACGCCUAUUGAGGCAAUUUGAGAAGGAUUGUCUUGCCAGCAGUUCCUUUUUGGACUUUGAUGUAGAAAACAAUGCUGUAGAAUUUGUUACUGAUGCUCCAACAGCUUCUGGGUGGGGAACCAUCUCUGACAACUUUGAUAACUUGGUAAUGGCACAGGACUAUAAGGAGAGGCCUAAUAUAGAAACUGAGGCACUGAGGACUAAAAUAAAGGCCUCAAUGUUGGAGGACUUGGAGACUGAAGCUUUAAUGCGUGAGUGGGGCUUAAAUGAGAGGGCUUUUCAACAUUCUCCACCUAGCAGCUCAGGUGGAUUUGGGAGUCCAGUUGAUGUACUUCCCCAGAAUCCUCAGCAACUGCCUCCCCUUGCAGAAGGUUUGGGUCCUUUUUUACAGACAAAAAAUGGAGGGUUUUUGCGCUCAAUGAGUCCUGUGCUUUUCAAGAAUGCAAAAAACUGCGGGAGCUUAAUUUUGCAGGCAUCAAGUCCAGUGGUGGUGCCUGCUGAGAUGGGUUCUAGUAUAAUGGACAUACUUCAGGGUCUGGCCUCUGUUGGCAUUGAAAAGCUCUCAAUGCAGGCAAAUAGGUUGAUGCCCCUGGAAGAUAUAACUGGGAAAACAAUGCAGCAAAUGGCAUGGGAAGCUGCACCCAGUCUUGAGGGACCUGAGAGGCAAGGUUUCUUGCAGCAUGAAUAUGAAAUUAUGCAAAACGCGUCUUGUGAGCAAAAGACAGUAAAAGAAACAACCUCUGGUGCCAGGUCAAGUAAGUUCGAAUCAAAUUCACUCGGCAGUGAUGCUGAAUAUGUUUCCUUGGAAGAUCUUGCUCCUCUAGCUAUGGAUAAAAUUGAAGCCCUUUCAAUUGAGGGUUUGAGAAUACAAUCUGGCAUGUCGGACGAGGAUGCACCUUCAAACAUCAGCCCACAAAACAUCGGUGAAUUUUCGGCCCUCAAGGGAAAGACGGUCAAUGUCAGUGGCUCCAUAGGUCUCGAUGGCACUGGUGGACUGCAACUUCUGGACGUUAAAGACAAUGGUGAAGAUAUCGAUGGAUUGAUGGGUCUGUCUCUAACACUUGAUGAAUGGAUGAAGCUGGAUUCUGGUGAAAUCGACGAUGAAGAUCUCAUCAGUGAGCGAACUUCUAAAAUACUGGCGGCCCAUCAUGCUACCUCCUUAGAAUUGUUUCGUGGCAGAUCUAAGGGGGAGAAGAGACGGGGAAAGAGUAGAAAGUGUGGUUUGUUGGGUAACAAUUUCACUGUCGCACUAAUGGUACAAUUGCGUGAUCCUUUAAGGAACUAUGAGCCAGUUGGUACCCCAAUGCUAGCUCUUAUUCAAGUCGAGAGAGUGUUUGUUGCACCGAAACCUAAACUCUACAACACGGUUACUAAAUUAAGAAACUGCAAUGAUGAUGAUGAUGAAGGAGAGCCCAAGGCUGCUAAAAAGGAAGACAUAUCUGAGGAGCCAAAAGAAGACAUAAUCCUUGAAGAACUUAUUCCUCAAUACAAAGUCACUGAGGUGCAUGUUGCAGGUCUGAAGACUGAGCCGGGGAAAAAGAAGUUAUGGGGUUCGUCUAAUCAACAGUCUGGGUCCCGCUGGUUGCUCGCAAAUGGAAUGGGGAAGAAGAAUAAGCAUCCCUUGAUGAAGUCAAAGGCUGUCGUGAAAUCUUCUGCACCAGCUGCUUCUUCCACAGUGACAACUACGGUGAAUCCUGGCGAAACCUUAUGGAGCAUCUCGUCUCGUGUUCAUGGAACUGGGGCUAAAUGGAAAGAACUCGCUGACCUUAAUCCUCAUAUUCGAAAUCCGAACGUUAUCUUCCCCAAUGAAACCAUCAGAUUGCGCUAGGGCCGCAUUGUUUGUCUGUUAGAUUGUAUUUUGCAUUAGUUAGAUUGUCUUAUAUGGGAUAUUGUGGUGGACAAUGUGACAACUAGGUUCAAAAUAUUGAAAUUGGCUGUAAAUCGAACACGGGAGGCUCUCUUCAUUAACUUGAAUGUACUUCUAUAUUUUUCUUGUGUAAAAUUUAUAGAGGAUUGUUUAUUUCGAA